ACAGCACCCGCGCUCAGACAGUUCACUGGUACUGGGUUUGUUUGGCUGCUAGCAAACAGCGUCAGGCAGAAGUUACACAAGGAUGGGAUAGCACAAUCUCAUUUGAAUGCGGAAAGUCGUGUCAACACGCACAAAACCCGAGUCACUCGCUCAAACAUAGUUUACUAGUCGCCAUGUCUGCUGUGAAGCGGAAAAGGUACUCAAAGGAUAUAAAGUGUAUUUUCUUUCCGGAUGAUGUCCAAAACGGUGUCAAAAAACUGGGGAGAGAGCCAUCCCUUUCAUCCACCUCUGCGGCCAAGUGUUGGGAGAGAUGCGGAGACAGUUUUUUGGCUAUAAAGAAUCUCAAAUCAUCAGGGAGGAAACUGUCUGCUGUAAGGAAGUUGGCACAGUCUCCCGCUUCAGUGCUGACCAAUGGGGAUCAGUGUAAUGAAGACCCAGUACACAUUGCAUGGAGCUCCAGUGACAGUGAUCAGUCUGACAGUGACAGCCAGAAGCAGCAUCCACCCCGACUUGUGGCACAGCAUCAACAAAGGCCUCAGAGACCAAGGAGAGCUUCAGCUCCCAUUCAGUCUUGCAGCAGCGCUCUGCCUAUGCUGAGCGAUGAUAAAGAGGGCGUUCCUGUUAUAGACGCAGACAGCGAUCUGAAUGACUCUGAGGGGGAGGAUGAAAAGGACGGUUGGCGACAAAUCUCAGACUGUGAGUCAGGAUCUUCUGAUGAAAAGCCAAAAGAUUUGCCCCCUAAACCUGCACAUAUGACCAAUGUGGAGAUCUCAGGCUAUGUGUCUGAUGGAGAGAACGCCGAUGACACAAUGACUCCGAGCCGACUGGACACCGAGAGCUUUCCUCAGCUGACUGGUGAGGGCAGCAAAAGGUCAGUCAGUGACUGGGUCAGAUUUGCUCAGGCAAUGCUGCAGACGCCUCAGAAACAGCUUGACAGAAAGCCCAAGACCCCAGAAGACUCUGCCAAAAAGAGAAGGAAAUUUCAAAGUGGAGGCCUGGCAGAGAGGCUGAAUCGACUCCAGUGCAGACAGAGGUCAGCUAUUAGCUUCUGGAGGCACCAGUCCAUCUCUGACACCUCGACAGCACCAGUGGACAGGCCAGGCGUGCUGGUGCUGGAGGUGCUGGAGGUUCAGGAGGAGUGCAGCAUGCAACUAGCUCGGUGUGAGCACCACCAGCCGCCCAGCACGGGUCAUCAACACCCCCACCCUCUCUCCGCCGCAAGAGCUUGUGUCCUGGUGUUGUUCAGCAAGGAAACUGCAGCCCAGCUGAUGCCUGCACCUGGAGACAUUAUCCACAUAUAUCAACCAUGGCAAAGUCUUUCUAUAGAAGGUGACAACUGCACCAUUAUUUUGAACACACACUUCAGCCAGAAGGUCUACUCCGCUUCCAAACUAGACAACGUAUCCAUUCCUAGAGCCGUUCUCCCGGCAGAGAAGAGCCUGCCAUACUCGUUGGCUAAAAUAUUUGGACUGCUGGAGGGGUACAACAUCACAGAGGAGGAGGAGGCCACUGCCAAACAGGUUUCUGCCCCUGCUCUCUUCAGUCUCGGAGCCCCAGGUGUGAUGAGCAGAUGCCGUCAGUCUCUCCUGGAAGCUAUCGAGAGCCUGGGCCAGGCCGGCUCUGUGGGGCAGGAUGUGGAGGUAGUGGUCCAAAGGGUUUACUCCAUCCCUGUGUCUGACUCCCCUGCUGGCUCCAUGCUCAAGCCCAGAGUUCCUUCCAAGCCCUCCUCAGCUCAUCCUGUGGAGAAAGGCAAAACCAGACUCUGUGUGCUUGUCCAGGAUGGCUAUGGCAUGUUCAGUGUGGUCCAGCUCCCCCUCCUGCCUUGCGAGGACAGCCUUCACCACUACAGCCAGAAGUGGCAGGGGAAGGCCUGCCUGCUGAGAAGUAUUAAAGUGGUGCAGCGGGUCACUCGGGAAAGGUGCACCAGGCUUUUCAGCUUGAUAGACAGUCUCUGGCCCCCAGUGAUGCCCCUUCGAGUGCAUGGAAACACACCUAGUUCAGAGACCAGACCUCCAGGGCCGGCUCCCAGUUUCUGCUAUCUGCUGUCUGGACAAGAGAGCUCUGUGGAGCCUGUAGAGGAACAGGCCGUAUCCCCACUCUACCUUCCCCCCACAAAACAAAACUUAAGAGAUAUACUGCAGAGUGACCUCAAAAGUCACCGCUGCAGUUUUGUCGCCACUGUUAUAUACAAGAGAAUGCAGAGUAGUGAUGUAGGCCAGAGUGAGGUUUGGUUGGUGUUGACAGACCCCAGUCUUCAGGAGGAGCAGCUCGAGGGGCCAAGGAAACGAACAGUGGCCUUGUGCGUGAGCACUUCCUGUGUGCUCACUUCCUCUGUCGUCAAAGCACUGAACUCCCCUGCCGCCUGUCGCUUGUCAUUCAGAGAUGCCAUCAAAGAACAUGGUGUUCUCCUGUGUGUGGAGCAGUCCGUUGUGCAGAUUCACCCUGUGGAAGCUGAGAGCAGUCUCGAGUCCACAGACGGACCAGAGUCACCUUCACAGUCGCUGGCCAAGCCCCAGGCCCAGGCCAAUGCCCUGCCCCAACCUGUGAGACUCGAUCCCCUGGGUCCUGAAACCAAAUCCAAGUCCCUCUGCACUCUCACAGGGGUGAUAGUUGGCGUGGAUCAGAACACGGCUUACUCUUGGCCUGCCUGCAAUCACUGUGGAAGCAGCCGCUUAGAGAUGUCAGUGCAAAGACCUGAAACCUUCCACUGUGUUUCUUGCAAUGCACUGGUGGAAAAGCCAAGCAUGAAGGUCCAACUUGAAGUGUUCCUGAGUUGCUCUUCACUCAGCAACUGCACUGUGAAAGUUAAGCUGCAGCAAAACACUAUUAUGUCCAUCCUAAACAUUGCAGCAUUUGAGGGUAAUGAGUUCCCAGGUUACGAGGUAGAGAAUGUCCUGGGGAAGGAGGUGGGCCCCCUCACAGUUUAUGUCAGAGUCGUCACCAGGAAACCCGCUCUCUGGAUUGGCCUGGAAGAAGUCUGUCUCUGAGGCCGUAAGCACGAGGAGCUGGUGUUAUCAAUCCUCAGGCCUCAGCUGGCUCCAAGGAUCUGCACACUAGGCCUUGGUCCGAGCCCAGUUCGGCCCCCCCUGUCAAGGCCUCUCGUCAGCCCCAGAGGCUGUGCUGAAGUGAAUAUGCUGGAGGAACACAAGGUCUUGUUUGUGUGUUAAUGAUAUGUGAUCCUGUGGACCAGGAGUUGACAGCCCAAGGGUAGACACUGCUAGAGCACCGUCUGUCAAACCAGCCCAUGUGGUUCAGCAACUUAGGUGACUCUACAAUUUGCCCAUUGGCUGUAAGCAGACUUAUUUGAAUGGUUUGAAAGCCUGUUUCAAGACAUCUACCUCUGUAUUUAGCACAUCUGAAUGGAUACUGUUGUCAAUAAAAAAAUAAGUGUUUAUGA